AUGGCGCCCCUGUCGUUGAUCUUCCUGACCACGGCGCUAGCCCUGAUGGGCGCCCAGGCAUCCUCCGGCUGUUGGACCGCCGUCCACAACGAAACCGUGGCCUGCUUUAGCGGUGCGCCCAUUGCUUUUGGAUUUGACAUGGACACUGCCGCCGACUGCCAGCACUGGUGUGGUGAGGUUGAGAAAUGCCACUCCUGGCUCUAUGUCGCUCAUUCCAGUCAAUGCGAUCUUCACCGCAACGCGGCGCUGAGCACUUCGUUCAGCAGCGGCUUCACCUUUGGCGGAUGUGCGCCCACCCUUGCGAAUGCUACCGAGGCUUCGUCGGACGGCCCUGUGAGCAGCAUGACCCCUGCGAUGAAGUUGUUCCUGGCUUGGGCAACGGUCCUCCUGCUGGCCUGCCGCGCGCAGGCAGCAGCGGUCUUUGCUCACUUCAUGGUCACAAACUCGGCCAAUUACACGAGCGAUGACUGGAAGACGGACAUGAAAUUGGCCCAGGAUGCGCACAUUGACGCCUUUGCCUUGAACAUGGCGUACAACGAUCCUAACAACAUUGAUGCUCUGCCUGCAGCUUUCUCCGCGGCCGACAGCGUUGGAUUUAAGCUCUUCUUCUCCUUUGAUUACGCCGGAAAUGGCAACUGGCCCAAGAGUGACGUUAUCAAUCUGAUCACUCAAUACAGCGCUCACUCCUCUUAUUACUUCUACAAAGGACAAGCGUUCGUUUCCACGUUUGAGGGGCCCGGUCGCGCCGACGACUGGCCUUCGAUCAAAGCGGCCACGGGCUGCUUCUUUGUUCCGAGUUGGUCGUCCCUGGGGGCCAAGCCCGCGGUUGAAACCGGGGUUGUGGACGGCCUAUUCAGCUGGGCAGGUUGGCCCUGGGGUCCUCAGGACAUGAACACCUACAUCGACGCCUCCUACAUCCAGUAUCUGACUGGUCUGCCGUACAUGAUGCCCGUGUCUCCGUGGUUCUACACUAAUCUGCCGGGAUACAAGAAGAAUUGGCUGUGGCGCGGUGAUCACCUGUGGCACGACCGCUGGCAGGAGGUGCUCUACGUCCAGCCCGAGUUUGUCCAGAUCAUCUCGUGGAACGACUAUGGUGAGUCCCACUAUAUUGGACCCUUGUACGACAAGGCGAUGGAAGCAUUCACAAUCGGAAAGGCCCCCUUCAACUACGUGAAGGACAUGCCCCACGACGCCUGGCGCAAGACCCUCCCUUUCUUCAUCGACAUGUAUAAGGAGGGCACCGCCACUGUGACGGAAGAGAGCAUCGUGGCCUGGUAUCGGCUGAGCCCGGCGGCCGCUUGCAGCAGUGGAGGCACCAGUGGCAAUACCGCCUCGCAGCUGCAGAUUGAAUUCCCCCCGGCCGAGGUCGUCCAGGAUCGCAUCUUCUACUCCGCCGUCCUGGGAUCUUUCUCGGGCGUAGUGGUCUCUAUUGGAGGCUCUGCUCAGACGGCCCCCUGGAGCUCCGUGCCCAACGAGAAUAUCGGAGUUUACCAUGGCAGUGUCGCCAUUGACGGCCGCACGGGGCCCGUCACCGUCUCCCUCAUGCGCGACAACAAGGUCUUCGCGAAGAUCGAAGGCAAGGCCAUCUCCUCCAGCUGUCCCAACGGCAUCCAGAACUACAAUGCCUGGGUGGGCGGCGCCGUGGGCGGCAAAGUGUCCGCCACGCCGGACCUGCUCCUCUCCAAGCAGACCUGCAUGAAUGGCACCGGGGCUAACAACUUUGCCGGUAUCUGUGAAUUUGCCUGCACGUACGGUUAUUGUCCGCUGGGCGCCUGCACGUGUACGAAAAUGGGACUAGGAUAUGAGAAACCGAAUUCAACAGGCGUGGUCGGCUAUCCCAUUGCCGGCGAGGACGCCAGCUACAGCGGCCUGUGCAAUUUUGACUGUAACCUGGGUCAUUGCCCUCCCACAGCCUGUGGCACGGUCAAGGUGCCUCUCACGACGCCGACGGUCUCGCCGUUCCUGCCGCCUGCCUGUACAUCCGGCAAGGGAGAGGGAAACCUGGCGGGUCUCUGCGACUUCAGUUGUACGCAUGGCUUCUGUCCGAUGAACGCAUGUACCUGCACGGGUCAAGGCGCUGUCAACGUCUUGGCUCCCACAUCUGAUGUAGUCGGCAAGCCGGGGCCCGGGAUGGAUGAGGCCAUCUACGGCCCCCUGUGCGAAUAUACCUGUCAGCGCGGUUACUGUCCUGAUCCGGCUUGCGUCGAAGGCUCGAGCGGAUCGGGAUCAUCGGGGUCGGGGUCGGGAUCAGGAUCGGGCGAUGGGGAGGUGUAUAUUGCGCCGGAGAUCUGGGGGAAACCGUCCCCGGUGGUUGGAUGCCAGCCCCCAUGCACUCUGAUCUUGCCCCCAUUGCCUCUGGACGAGCCAACUCACAUCUCCAUUCCCCCCUGGCACACGCCCAUCACUCGCAAGACGGCGACCAUCCGGACCACGACCGACGAGGACGGGGCGACGGGCACGAUUCGGGGCUUCGAUGUGACGACGACCACCAUCACCAUCAGCUUCCCCACCAUCGUGAGGACCGACAUUCCCGUCUGGCAGGCCGUCAUCAACGCCAGUCAGACCGGUUCUUCCACCCUGGAGAUGACCAGCAGCAUUGACCUGCCCCACAUGAUCCAGGUGCUGCCUCCGUACGGAACUGGCCCCAGCGCGACGAGCACCACGACGACCAUCACGCCUCCGCCGUAUCCGUGGUCCCAGACCAGCAAGGACACCGUGCUCAACACUCGUACGACUACCUGGUCGUCUGAAAGUCCCACUCCUUCGGCCAGCAAGGGGAGCAAAGGUACGGGCCACGGCUGCUUUCCAUUCUGUGAAGGGCCCUGCCUUCUUUGUCCCCCUGGCAGCGGGUCGAUCAGCGGUGGCGGGGGGUCAAGCGGCGGCAGCGGCUCUUCAGAGGGUGGGGGUGAAGAUGAGGAGGAUUGCAGCACUCGCACCGCCCAGGUCUGCUCAACGGCCUGCGUGGCGGGCUCCGGCUGUGAUUUCCACUGCUCCACCACGACUAGAUGCUCCGCAACGGCGUCGUCAACCAAGAUCGUAGGCACCCCGCCGCCCGGGGUGAGGAUGACCACCACGUGGGAGCAUUGGCCUAGUCGCACCAGCAACCCGGACGUUGAUUCCAGUAUCGCCAGCUCAUUAGACUCGGUUUAUUCGUCGCUCUACGGCACGUUGUCCGUCCUCUAUCCCACUCCCACUAACACCGGUCCCGCCCCCAGCAACGGCGCCGACGCGGGAGGGAUCGAAAUCACCUACUACGAGGACGACCGGGACAAGGACGCGGCGCAGUGGGACCUGUUCGAGUACUAUCAGAAUACUCUCCACGGCGGCCGGGGCUGUCCCGAGACCUUCACACCGGACUACGUCCGACACGACGGGGCCUACCAUGGACUGGGCGAUAACACCGGUGGCUGGAAGGCCUUCGGCGACACCUGUACCUACCAUGGCGAUAACCUGCCUGUCUCGCCGCCCGGCACCAAGGUUGGCACGCUCAAAUGCGAUAAGUAUCGUGAUGCGAUCUGUUACAGCCGGACGGGUGGCGGAGGCACUUGUGCCAACGGAUGGCAAAGAACUUACCCUAUAGUGGUUUGCGAGUGGUAA